AUGGCGACAUCGACUGGUAAAACUCAUUGUGUUACAUGUGGAAAAGAUAGAGUUGCAUAUAAAUGCGAAGGUUGUCUACAAAGUUUUUGUUUGAAUCAUCUCAACGAACAUAAUAUAACACUUAGCAUAGAACUAGAUGAAUUAGAAAAUCAACGAAAUCUUUUUCGACAAAUCCUAACGGAACAAAAAACGAAUCCAGAAAAACAUUCAUUAAUCGACGAAGUCAACCAAUGGGAAAGGGACUCGAUUACGAAGAUUCAAGAAAGGGCAGAAAUGUCAAGACAAUUAGUAAGACAGUAUAUCAACAAACAUACUAAUACAAUUGAAACUGAAUUGUGCAAAUUCACGGAGCAGCUGAGAAAUAUUCGAGAAGAAAACGACUUCAAUGAAAUUCAUCUGAUUCGAUUGAAAGAAAACUUGGACGAAUUAAAAGAAAACUUUGUGAAAUCAUCAAAUAUUUCAAUACAGCAAGAAUCUUCAUCAUUCAUUUCUCCGAUUCGUGUCAUUGUUUUCUCAAAUGGCAAGAUCAAUACCAAUGUAAAAUGGAAACAAAACGGGAUCACUGUAUUUGGAAGAAAUGAACUAAACCGGCCGUGGGGUAUGUGUAUCGAUGAUAGCAAUCAAAGUAUAAUCGUAGCCGACACUGGCAAUAACCGUAUUGUGGAAUGGAAGAUUGGUGAAACUAGUGUAAAAGUAAUAGCGGGCAAUAACGGGCAAUUGAAUUCACCAAAAUCGGUGAUCGUUCAUAGAGAUCAAAACAAUGAUUGUUUGAUCAUUGGUGAUUGUGGUAACAGACGAGUAGUCCGAUGGCCUCGCCGAAAUGGCACAGCUGCAGAAACAAUCCUUUCAAAUGUUAGUUGUCACGGUUUGGCUAUGGAUAGACAUGGAGAUCUUUAUAUUGCCGACUGGGAUAAGCACGAAGUGAGGCGAUUGAAAAUAGGAGACGCAAAUGGGACAAUUGUAGCUGGGGGAAAUGGAUCAGGAACUCGUCUCGAUCAGCUGAAAAAUCCUUAUGGCAUCGCCGUCGAUCAAAACUUUUCAGUCUAUGUAUCAGAUUACCAAAACCAUCGUAUAAUGAAGUGGACGAAAGAUGCAAAAGUAGGUAUUGUCGUUGCUGGUGGACAGGGUCAGGGAUAUCAUUUAAACCAAUUGUCACAUCCUUGUGGAAUAAUCGUCGAUGAAUUGGGGACUCUCUAUGUGGCAGAUUAUGAUAAUAACCGAGUAGUACGCUGGUCGAAAGAAGCAGCUCAAGGUGAUGCCAUCGUUCGUCAACCAAAUGCUCUAGGUUUGUCGUUCGAUCGACAAGGCAAUCUUUACGUUCUUGAUUAUUCAAACAGCACAACGCAAAAAUUCGAAACUGAUAGAAAUUGA